AAGAUACUGAUGAUAUGUUAAAUGAUUGUGAAUCAGAAGAUGCUAAUGAUAUUUUAAAUAAUCGUAAACUAGAAGAUGCUGAUGAUAUGUUAAACAAUAGUAAACUGGAAGUUACUGAUGAUCUGUCAAAUUCUUUAGAACUAUGA